AUGAAAAGUUAUCGAUCGAUGAGUACUGUUUCCUCCCCUCAUAUUUUCCAAAUCAUGGAUUUUGGCGAUAUUCCUUCCUUAUCCGCAAUUCCUCUGGUUGUCAAACAGGAGAUCAUAGAACUUGAAGGUUGUUCACUAGAAUGCCCCCCAAAUGUCGGAUCAAGUGUCAACCAGUUGCCCCUACCGCAAACUACAGCAAGCAUUCCAAAGCCUCUACAGACCGAUCUUGAAAUGCAUCUGUCUCAGGCGCACACCUCUGCUGGGUACGAGGCAGCGCAAGAAUUCAUGCCCUCGGGGGGUCAUUUAGGUGACCCCACCCAGUAUCCACUGCCCCAACCCUCAGUCACACCAACUCACACCUACUUUCCCCCACCACCCCAAUCCCACACCACCGAUCCCUAUUCAUAUACAACUUACUCGCGGCAGUAUGAGCCUGGCGAGAUAAAACAGACGUCAGGCUUCCAAUCAGGUGGUUAUACAACGAGCCUCUAUCCUCAACAGUAUACUCCAAUGGAUACAAGCUCUAAUUCAAAUCAGAAAUUGAUGGUGAAUCCCCAGGAUGUCUGUUUUGAUCAGAGUGGCUAUCGACAGAUGUUGGGCACCAUGAUGAACCAUUUGGUGCCCGCUGGAAGUCAGCUUUGCCAGGCAGCCAAGGAGAGUCUAAGACAAAGGGUACCUUCUAUGGUUGUUGGGGGGAGGUCGUCAGGGUCAAGUAUACCGGUGUCAAGGACACCUAAGGUCACUAAUGAUGUCACAGCGAUGAAGGAGAAAACGCCCUGUGCUAUUUGUGGCGACGUUUCAGCAGGAUUCCACUGCAACGCUUUUGUUUGCGAAGCUUGCAAGAAAUUUUUCAUAAGAAGUUCAAAGAAUGAAAAUUUUGCCAAAUACUCUUGCUCGAAGGUGAAUGCUUGCGAGGUGAGCAAGGAUACUCGAACACAUUGCCAAAGAUGCAGAUUUUACAAAUGUCUCAGUAUCGGCAUGGUCCUACCUGGUAAGGAAUACCUACAGGAAAGCAGAAUCAUUGAAAUGGAUGAAGAGGAAGCCCUCCUCGACGCCGAAUUCUUCCCACUUUCUCUCUCUCUCUCUCUCUCCCCUCUGCCUUCUCUGAUUAUGAGUGGGUUAAGUGGUGACAAAACUCCCAGCUUCCAAUAUUUGACGAGCUAUAGAAAGCGAGUAAUUAAUUUUAUUCUGUUCUUUUUAACAGGAGCUGCGGUUUGCCCAGCUAACGACAUAUCGCUCAUUCCAUGUCGAGUUUGUGGAGCGCAGUCUUCCGGUUUCCAUUUUGGAGCUAUCACCUGCGAAGGCUGUAAGGGUUUCUUCCGACGAACAAUCAGCGAGAGGGACAAUCAGCGUUACACAUGUCGAAAUGGUGGAACGUGUUUGGUUACCCUAGCAACCCGUAAUAAUUGCAAGAGUUGUAGAUACCGAAAAUGCCUUUCUGUGGGCAUGUCAAAAGAUGGUAGUCGUAUUGGACGCCAACCAAAUGCUGUCAAACAUAUGUGUGCCAUAGAGAUUGAGAGAAUCAAGUCCAAAUUGAGCUCAUCAGCAUCUCAAACAACACCACCUCCACCACACUCUCAACAGACCCCCUCGAAUUACUAUGAGCAUCACCAACAAAGCCAACAGCAGCACCUCCGCUCUAUGCAGCAGCAACAGGCAAAUGCUUCUUCGCUCUACACUCAGUCAAUGAAAAUUGAGGAGGGAGAAAUUUUGUUUCCACCCUGGACACCGGCCACUUAUCAUCCAGCUUACUAUGAAACGACUGGAGGGCAUGUUGGCCUACCUGAGAUCACGGCGAUUAAAUCUGGAAUCAAUUCUGCCGAUCACCAACAGCAGAGGUUUGCGAAGCUUGCUGAACUAGCAGGAGAAACAAACGUCGGGUCUGGAUAUGUCGCUGCAGCAGCGGUAGCUGUAGCAGCUGCUGCAAUCGACAAUCGAUCCAUUGAUAAUUAUGAAGGUCGGGGAGCGCCCUAUAGUGUGGCUGGGGAGAUUGGGAAUCCGAGAAUACGUGGAAGGUCAGAUGCGAAUAGGACGGAACAGAGCAUUCUGCCCAGCAUUCAAGGCGUGACAAGUCAACAACAGCAAUCAAGCGUUACUUCAAACGCUAAUACAGUGCAUUUGUAUGAUAAUUCGGCAGCAAUGAGCAGCUACGAACAAGCAGCCUUAUCUAGUCUGAUACGCCUUGCGAAACAAGUCCAAUCAGCCAAUACUACUAAUAGCAGUAAUAGUAGCAACAGUGGAAGUCAUGAGGGCUUAUUGGCCCCACCACAGGCAUCGUCAGCGGCUACGGGUCUACUGAAUGAGAAUUUCUCUCCAAUUGACAGUUUGCACACUCAGCAGCAAUUAGAAUCAGUUCAGCAGCCAUCCAAUCUUACCCCUAUUCGUCAAAUUAGGAGCUCAAUAGAAGAAGGAGAUUCCGAGGGCGAAAGUAGAAGAGAAGGUAAUGAUGCUUCCGAUUUACCAGCAGCUGGAGCUAGUAGUUCUCCUGAAGAUGAAACGGGAAAACUAAUUAAUCGAUCGCGCAUGUCAGUCGAUGCCUUGAUGUUGAAUAAGAAUGAUGGAGGAACGAGUGUUCAACCAAUCGACCAGUCAUUUCGCCUCAGCGAAAACCGAUAUAUAGGUGACGACUAUCAACCAGUAGGAAAUCUCUACUUAAAUCAGAAAUCCUACGAAUCUGAUGCUAGAAGCCAAAAUGAUACCCCUAUGGAAAUCAACAUGCCUCCAGCCAUAAGUUCCGUUUCCUUUACCUCACAAAUGUCUCUUGAGACGUUCACAGAGUACAUAUCGGAGGCAGCAGUCCACUUAAAUGGUUUUAGGCAGAGGGUGACUGAAAAUUUUUUUCUCGAGACGAACGUUACCCCUUCAACAAUAUGGGCACACAUGAUGGCCCACUUUGAGGCUCACGCACAUCAGGUCAUUCGAUUUGCUCGAGCUAUUCCAGGAUUCCGUGACCUACCACGGGCUGAUACCAAAUUCUUGGUGCAGGCUUCAAUGUACCCCAUCGUGCUGGUUCAAUUAGCAAGGGAACCGUUGCAGGGAGGAGAUUUCAAUUUCUACAACUUUACUCCACGUGAAAGACAGCAUUUACUAGAUGAGUUCCCACAGUUGAAUCCUCUGGCUGAGCACUUCUAUGAUCUCACUAACUUCCUAGGCCCACUUUCUUUGGACAAUACAGAGGCAGCACUCUUUUGCAGUAUCAUAUUCCUGCGUGGAUCGAAUCAAAAGCUUCAAGAAGCUGAAAAGAUCUAUGAAAUCUACAAUCAUGCUGCCUUAGCCCUUCAACAAUAUAUCACAGUUCGUUACUCGAGCGACGAAAGAUUCACGCGAUUGAUCAAGUUGUUGCCAAGCCUCUCAAGCAUGAAUGAGGCACAUCGAGUAGCCGUUCGCAAUCUGCGCCAAUCACGACCCGACCUUCACUUCCUUGAUCUCUUUGUACAAAUGUUUCAAUUGGACACUGGGAAUAGCCAAUCCGAAGGUAGUGCAGUUCCAACAAUUGAUAUAGGCAAUAGUGGAUUGGUAAACUCAAAUGAAUGA